AUGGUCGCUUCUCUGGGGUUCCUAUUUGCUGUCCUCUCUUUAGCAAGAUGUGUCCCCGUGCAGCAAAUAGCCAGCCGCGACAAAGUCCUCCUGGUGUCCUUCGAUGGCUUUCGGUGGAACUAUGACCAGGACGUGGACACCCCCAACCUCGAUGCCAUGGCUGCAGAGGGAGUGAAGGCGCAGUACAUGACUCCUGCCUUUAUCACCCUUACCAGCCCGUGCCACUUCACGCUGCUGACCGGGAAAUACCUCGAGAACCACGGGGUGAUACACAACAUGUGGUUCAACACCAGCACGGGGGUGAAGCUGCCCUAUUACAGCACGCAAGGCAUUGACAGCUGGUGGGACAAUGGCAGCCUGCCCAUCUGGAUCACAGCUCAGAGACAGGGUUUAAAGACAGGCUCUAUCUAUUUCCCUGGGGGACGAGCAAAAUAUCAAGGGGAAGAAGUGAAUAUGAAGAUGGUGGAGCCCGCCAUAUUCAACUACAGCAAUGAAACCAUUUGGAGACAGAACAUCGACAUUGUCAUGGAAUGGUUCACGGUGAACAACCUCGACUUCAUCGCCCUCUACUUCGGUGAGCCAGACUCAACGGGACACAAGUAUGGCCCCGAGUCCACGGAGAGGAAAACCAUGGUCAGCCAGGUGGACAGAACCGUCGGCUACUUAAGGCAACGUAUCAGGGAAAGUGGCUUGGAACCAAACCUCAACCUCAUCAUCACGUCUGACCAUGGCAUGGAGACGGUCAUAAAGACCGACGAGAUUCACAUCCAGAAAGUAGAGAACUUCACGUUCACAGACAUCCAGUUUGAACUCUUAGACUAUGGACCAAACGGACUACUGGUACCAAAAGAAGGAAAAUUGGAGCACGUGUAUUCAGUCCUGAAAAAUGCCCACCCAAAGUUGCAUGUGUACAAAAAAGAAGAGUUUCCAAAGAGAUUCCACUAUGCCAACAACUCCCGGAUCACCCCGCUCCUGAUGUACAGCGAUCCAGGAUACGUGAUCCACGGGCGAAUCAAGGUCCAGUUCAACAAGGGGGAACACGGCUUUGACAACGAGGCCAUGAACAUGAAAACCAUCUUCCGCGCCGUGGGGCCGGCCUUCAAGCGAGGGCUGCUGGUGGAGCCCUUCGAAAGCGUCAACGUCUACGCGCUGCUCUGCGAGCUGCUGGGCAUCGUGCCCGAGCCGCACGACGGCUCCCUGGAGGUCCUCAGGCCCCUGCUGCGUUCAAGCGCUCCUCUCCUUGCCGCCACGAAGCUGUCAGUGAUGCUGGGGAUUGCUCUCACUCUGCAAUGCUGGAGAGGAAUAUACUAA